GAGCCAAUGAAGUCUACAGGGGUCAUUUCCUGUGGGGCCACUGUAAGUAUGCUUUGUUUUGGAUGUUCUGGUUCUUUUUUUUUUUUGCACUUGACUUACCUGCACUUAUUUGAACCUACAGUAUCUGCUCUGUUUUGUGUUUCUGGUCCUUUCUGUUGAUAAUCCUGAAUCUAACACCAAUGACUAGACUGCUUGCUGUGUUUAUCUACUAAUUGCUUUUCAAACCUGACUGUCGGAGGUGGUAAAGGGUGGCCGGCCCUCCUCCAUCAGUCCCAACUCUUUCCCCAGCAGUGAACAGAUCCUCUCUGGCCUUUUUUCCCCUAUUGAUCAACAUUGGAAGGACACCUUUAAUCUCACUAGUUUUACUGACAAUUAUAUUUAGAAACCAAAAGUUAAAACUGGCAUUAAAUAACCAUUAGAUGUAACAUUUAAUGACCCUAUUUAAUUAUCUUGCUCCAUAUGCAAACUUAUAUUACUUAGAUUAUUUUUUUAAAAAGUCAAAAUUUUGGUUCCUACACAUUAGCCGUGUUUCCAUUCACUUAUUAGUAUAAGUGACAUAUAAGUAUCACACUAGAAGGACUGAAUGGGAAAAUGGAAAAAUUAGAAAAAGGAAAAAAUAAAAAAAUAAAAUAAAAAAAUAAAUAAAAAAUUAAAAAAAUGUAUAUAUAUACAUGCUCAGGAUGGGAUGUGAGAAAGUUAGGAAGAUAGUUCUGAUGUAUGAUACAUUACAUUUAUGCAAGAACAUAAACACAGCGGCUGAAAGAAAACAUUCAAUAAGAGCCGAGUUGUCUCGAACGCAGUACUGCUCUUGUGCAGCACUCAAACUGUGCAGCCUCUACUUAUUCUACUUUGAUAACUGGAGGAUUAUAGCAAUAAAAAAAUGAAAAAAAUGACACUGUAGACUACCUGAUUCUUUCCAAGACAGCUGAUAGAAACCUGCAUUUCUUUUGUAUACACCAUUUGAAAAGGUUUUCUUAAAAUUACCUUGCCAACUGAAUAGAAGCACGGCUAGUGUUAGAAAUGUUACGUUUUUAAUACAAUAAGUGCCGGCAGAGUCGCAGCAGCGGCUUGCUUAAAGUGACCUUUUUUCCUUUCUUGCUUUAAAAGACAGUAUAAUGCAACUGUUACUGCUUCUCUAUUUUAUUUGCACACAAAAUUCAAUGCUUCCUUUGUCUAUUGUCUUAAUUUUUGUUUCUAUAAAUACAUAUAUGUGUAGCUGAUAUAUUUUUAUCAAUUUUUUUUUUUACAAUUUUCAUAGAAAUUUUGCUAUGCUCUUCAGUCUUAUGGUUAGCUUUUGUUAUUAUCAUCCAGUUCCCAAAUUACAUAAUACACAAUAAAUAAUAAACCUAAAUAUGUUAAAUUAUCAUUAUAAGCUAACCACAUGGCUUGGGCAGAAUUUGUAUUAAAGUAAAAAUAUUUUAAUUCAAAAUGUUUGAACUCAGACAGGUCAGACUUUUAUAAUCUGGGUGCCAGGGAGAUACACGGGGCUCCCUGCACCCGAGAGACAGACGGUCCUUCGAAUUGUUUAAGUCGCAUUUGAACACCUACAACAUGGCCUUUUUACUCUCUGUGUUUCCCUUGUUUUUCUCCUUUCCUCAUUUCAUUUUGUUCUGCAUCAAAUUUCCUACAUUCCUCAGAGCUGCGAGAAGUACGCCGGGUGCCACCGCGAUUCUCCAUUCCACCUACAGACAAUGAGAUCAUGCCAGGCGGCAGUGUCAAUAUCACAUGUGUGGCAGUGGGUUCUCCCAUGCCAUAUGUCAAGUGGAUGCUGGGUGCUGAAGACCUUACGCCAGAAGAUGACAUGCCCAUUGGACGGAACGUCUUGGAGCUCACAGACGUCCGGCAGUCGGCCAACUACACCUGUGUGGCCAUGUCAACGCUCGGGGUGAUAGAAGCUGUUGCACAGAUAACAGUGAAAGCACUGCCCAAGGCUCCUGGCAUCCCUGUGGUGACAGAGCGCACAGCCACCAGCAUCACACUGACUUGGGACUCUGGCAAUCCCGAGCCAGUAUCCUACUACAUCAUCCAACACAAGUCCAAGUACUCAGAGGACGCUUACAAGGAGAUUGAUGGCGUGGCCACCACUCGCUACAGCGUGGGAGGCCUCAGCCCGUACUCAGAUUACGAGUUUCGGGUGGUGGCAGUGAACAACAUUGGGCGAGGGCCACCCAGUGAGAGCAUUGAGGCCAAAACAGCUGAGCAGGCACCCAGCACAGCACCAAGGCAAGUUAGAGGUCACAUGUUGAGCACCACCACAGCUGUCAUCCACUGGGAUGAACCGGAGGAGGCUAACGGGCAGAUCAUGGGCUACCGAGUCUACUACACCAUGGAUUCCAGCCAGCAUGUCAACCUCUGGGAGAAGCAGAUUGUUCGGGGGUCCAACUUUGUCACCAUCCAGGGCCUCAUCCCCAAUAAGACCUACUACAUCAAGGUUUUGGCCUACACCUCAGUAGGCGAUGGACCUCUUUCCCCAGACCUUCAAAUCAUCGCCAAGACGGGAGUUCCCUCUCAACCAACUGACUUCAAAGGAGAAGCCAAAUCAGAAACAAGUAUUCUGCUUUCAUGGGUCGCCCCAGCACAGACUGGACAGGAAAAUCAAAUCACAGGAUAUGAACUUAUGUACAAGAAGAGGGGCGGCAAAGAGGAGCCACCUAUCAGGUUUGAGCCGACAACAACAUACCUGCUGAAGGACUUGAAGCCCUUCACUACUUAUACUUUCCGGCUGGCUGCCUCUAGUAAACAUGGAGUUGGAGCUUACACCAAUGAGAUCUCUGCGGAAACUCCACAGACACAACCCUCGGGCCCACCUCAGGAUGUCAAGUGCCAUAGCCCCAGCUCCACCAACAUCCUGGUAAGUUGGCGGCCACCCCCAAUGGAAUUACAAAAUGGGAUCAUAACGCAGUACACCGUCCAAUAUGCUGCAACUGGAGGCGAGGAUAAUACUGCUCAUCAAAUCUCCAACAUCCCUCCGGAAAGCUCUCAGUACCUUUUGGAAAAUCUGGAAAAAUGGACAGAGUACCGUGUGACAGUCAGUGCUCAUACUGACGUCGGGGCAGGACCAGAAAGCUUGCCGCAGCUCAUCCGCACAGAGGAGGAUGUUCCUAGUGGGCCACCUCGUAAAGUUGAGGUGGAGGCUGUCAACUCCUCAUCAAUUAAAGUGAUCUGGCGUUCACCGAUGCCCACCAAGCAGCACGGUCAGAUCCGAGGGUACCAGGUGCACUAUGUCAGGAUGGUUAAUGGGGAGCCCACAGGACAGCCAGUCAUCAAGGACAUCCUGAUUGAUGAUGCCCAGUGGGAAUAUGAUGAUUCAACUGAACAUGAAAUGAUCAUCACAGAACUGCAGGCUGAGACCACAUACUCAGUCACUGUGGGAGCCUAUACGACAAAGGGCGAUGGUGCACGCAGCAAGCCCAAACUGAUCACCACCACUGGCGCAGUUCCUGACAAACCUCGACUAAUGGUCAGUACUACCAACAUGGGCACAGCUCUCCUCCAGUGGCAUCCCCCAGCAUUAACCCAUGGCCCCCUGCAAGGAUAUCGCCUCCGUUUUGGCCGUAAAGACGUGGAUCCGUUGACUGUUAUUGAGUUCCCUGAGCGAGAGAAUCACUACACUACCAAAGAGAUCCAUAAGGGAGCCUCGUACACUUUCCGCCUUUCUGCGCGCAACAAAGUGGGCUUUGGUGAGGAGACAGUCAAAGAAGUCACCACAAAUGAGGAUUUCCCAAGCGGCUACCCUCAGAGCAUUACAGCAGAGGGUGCCACCACCUCCACCAUUCAGGUUAGCUGGCAACCUGUUUUGCUGGCAGAACGAAACGGCCAAAUUGUGAAAUAUGCUCUGCAGUAUAAGGACAUCAACAGCCCACGCAGUCCUUCAGAACUCUUCAUCACCGCCCCGGAAUCAACAGUCAUCCUGGAUGGCCUUAAGGCAGAUACCACUUAUGAUAUUAAAAUGUGUGCCUUCACCAGCAAGGGCUCUGGUUCCUAUAGCCCCAGUGUCCAAUUCAGGACACAGCCUUUGGAUCAAGCAGUGUUUGCAAAAAAUUUUCACGUGAGAGCUGCCAUGAAGACAUCAGUGCUGCUAACAUGGGAGAUCCCAGAUACCUACAACGCAGCUCAGCCUUUUACUAUCCUUUACGAUAACGGGCAGAGUGUUGAGGUGGAUGGGAAGCUAACGCAGAAGCUAAUCACGGGUCUUCAACCUGAGACACAGUACUCCUUUCUCCUGACCAACCGUGGCAACAGUGCUGGAGGUCUGCAGCAUCGUGUGUCCACCAUGACGGCCCCAGACAUCCUACGCACCAAACCCUUCCUGAUUGGCAAGACCAACUCAGAUGGUAUGGUGACUGUGGAGCUACCAACGGUGCAGACAGCUGAGAGAGUAAGGGGAUAUUACAUUGUGGUAGUGCCUCUGAAGAAGCAUGGUAACGGCAAGUUUUUAAAACCCUGGGACAAUCCAGAUGAGAUGAAUUUGGAAGAGCUGCUGAAGGAGAUAAACCAAACUAGCAGAGGCCUUCGGUUCCAGAGGCAGGCAGAACCCAAACCCUAUAUCGCUGCCUACUAUAAAGAGCUGCCCACCGAUUUCACCCUGGGAGAUGGCAAGAUCUACCGAGGCUUUGAAAACAAGCAACUCCAGAAUGGCCUGGAGUACAUCUUCUUUGUGCUUGCUGUUUUGGAGAUGUCUGAAAAUAUCAUGUAUGCCACAAGCCCCUACUCCGACCCUGUUGUGUCAGCCGACAUCGAACCCCUGCCGGUCAUCGAUGAGGAGGAAGGCCUCAUCUGGGUGGUUGGCCCUGUGCUAGCGGUGGUCUUCAUCAUAUGCAUCGUCAUUGCUAUCCUCCUUUACAAAAGAAAAAGAGCAGAAUCUGAAGCUAGGAAAGGCAGUCUCCCCAACAGCAAGGAAAUGCCACUGCAUCAUCCCACUGACCCCGUUGAGCUUCGACGCCUCAACUUCCAAACGCCUGGUAUGGCUAGCCACCCUCCAAUCCCAAUUAUGGACCUGGCAGAUCAUCUGGAACGCCUGAAAGCCAAUGACAACCUCAAGUUUUCACAGGAAUAUGAGUCCAUUGACCCUGGUCAGCAGUUCACGUGGGAGCACUCAAACCUGGAGGUCAACAAACCAAAGAACAGAUAUGCCAACGUGAUUGCCUACGACCACUCCAGAGUCUUGCUCUCUGCUAUCGACGGUAUUCCUGGAAGCGACUAUAUCAAUGCCAACUACAUCGAUGGCUACAGGAAGCAGAAUGCCUACAUUGCAACCCAAGGAUCUCUCCCAGAGACAUUUGGUGAAUUCUGGAGGAUGAUCUGGGAGCAGAGGAGUGCUAUUAUCGUCAUGAUGACUAAACUGGAGGAGAGGUCCAGGGUGAAAUGUGACCAGUACUGGCCUACAAGAGCAACAGAGACAUAUGGCCUCAUCCAAGUGACACUGCUAGACACAGUAGAGCUGGCCACAUACUGUGUCAGGACAUUUGCACUUUUUAAAAAUGGCUCCAGCGAGAAGAGAGAGGUGAGGCAGUUCCAGUUCACGGCCUGGCCAGACCACGGGGUACCAGAGCAUCCCACUCCGUUCCUGGCCUUCCUUAGACGGGUGAAAGCUUGCAAUCCUCCAGAUGCAGGGCCCAUGGUGGUACACUGCAGUGCUGGGGUGGGACGCACAGGUUGCUUCAUCGUGAUUGAUGCCAUGCUAGAACGUAUCAAGCACGAGAAGACUGUGGACAUCUACGGGCAUGUAACGCUAAUGCGUGCCCAGCGCAACUACAUGGUGCAGACAGAGGACCAGUAUGUCUUCAUACAUGACGCGCUCCAAGAGGCCGUCAACUGCGGCACCACCGAAGUGCCCGCCAGAAACCUAUACGCCUACAUCCAGAAACUGACCCAGAUAGAGGGUGGAGAGAAUGUCACCGGCAUGGAACUUGAGUUCAAGCGUUUAGCUAACACUAAAGCCCAUACAUCCCGAUUCAUCAGUGCCAAUCUCCCCUGCAACAAGUUCAAGAACCGCCUUGUUAACAUAAUGCCAUACGAGUCCACACGAGUGUGUCUUCAGCCCAUUCGAGGAGUUGAGGGCUCUGACUACAUCAAUGCCAGUUUCAUUGAUGGGUACAGGCAACAGAAAGCCUAUAUUGCCACACAGGGACCACUGGCAGAGACCACAGAGGACUUUUGGAGAAUGCUCUGGGAGCACAACUCUACUAUUGUCGUUAUGCUUACCAAGCUUAGAGAAAUGGGCAGGGAAAAAUGCCACCAGUACUGGCCAGCAGAGAGGUCGGCCAGAUACCAGUACUUUGUGGUGGACCCCAUGGCCGAGUAUAACAUGCCCCAGUAUAUCCUGAGAGAGUUCAAAGUGACUGAUGCCAGGGAUGGACAGUCGCGGACAGUAAGGCAGUUUCAGUUCACAGACUGGCCUGAACAAGGAGUGCCAAAAUCAGGAGAGGGCUUCAUCGAUUUCAUUGGCCAAGUACAUAAAACAAAAGAGCAGUUUGGCCAAGAUGGGCCUAUUUCGGUCCACUGUAGCGCGGGUGUUGGUAGAACUGGAGUUUUCAUCACCCUCAGCAUCGUCUUGGAACGAAUGAGAUAUGAGGGCGUAGUAGACAUCUUUCAGACAGUGAAAAUGUUACGGACACAGAGACCAGCUAUGGUGCAGACAGAGGAUCAAUACCAGUUCUGCUACAGAGCUGGCUUGGAGUACCUGGGAAGCUUUGAUCACUAUGCAACGUAAAAGACCCAGUAUUGGAAGAAAAAAGCAGAGGGCCCUUUGGAAAGAAAACCCAGUGAGCCUCUCUUCUGAGCCAUAAAUUCCUGCUUGAGAAAGUACUCCUUAACUCCUUGCUAACAACUCAUUAAGUGUUGGAUGUGUGACAUGACUUGUCAAAAAAUGAAAAAGAUGAUUCCCGGAGGACCAAGUAUUUCCCAACCCCAAUAAAACCUCGCCUUGAUACGAAGUGAGGGAAUCCUGACUGUUGAAGCAUCGUACGGAAUUACCUUUUCUUUUGCUUCAAGGAUUCAUUUUGGGGCUCAUAAAACUGAAUGAAACCAACACAACAAAAAAGUAAAUGAACAAUAAUGACAUCGUCAGAAAUGCAUCAGUGAUUAUGAACCAUUACGAGAGGCAUUGGAGGCACACAGAAUUGCAGGGGGGGAAAAAACUUGAUGCACAUUGUAAAGAAAAAAAAAUCUGUUUCACAAUCAAGUACACACAGACAACCCAUCGAAAAAGAAGACAAUGCUUGGUCCACAACAGCAGGACAGACUUAAAGUAAUAAUGAAUAAAUACCCCUUUUCCUGUCACAAUGUUCAUCAUCUAAAUUUUGGGAGAGGGUAAAGCUCAAAUGAUCUAUGAAAUAAAUACAAAUUAUUGAUUUAGUUUUUUAGUACUUUAUUAUACAGCUGAUGUGCUUUUUUUGAACUGUGUGAAUUUCCUUUUUUUACACAAAUUUAUUGCUUGAAAAAAAAGUGAUAAAACGUAUUUACGUAAAUGUUAUUUUUUUUUAAAGCUGUAGAACUGUUCUGACGUAUGUGCUAUUUUGCAGAGAAUCUCUUUGCUCUUUUUUAUUUCAUUUCGUUUCAAUUAUUUUUGUUUCCCUGAUUUUGUCGCACUUGGUGCAAAGAACAGAAUUCACACUACCAAAAUGUAAGUUUGUUCAAGAGUUAUUUUUGGUCUUGAUUUUUGGUUUUGUCCAUGAUCACAUACAUGGUAACUUAAUUACUCCCAUAAGAUAAACUGGGGCUUUGUGGAAUCAACAGGGAUGAGCAAAGUAUGAAGUUGCUGCUACCGAUUAUCUUAGUUCUUCCAUGUUAGAAGGAUGAUAAGAGAGAACCUGAUGAAUUGGAUAACAUAUAUGAAUAUAUAGAUAUAUGGUACAGAUUGUGGAAUAUACAUGAAAUAUAUAUAUAUUAACACAUAAAUAUAACAUUCUAAAUAUAUUGAUAAAGGACAUAAUUUAAGAGUUAAAAAUAUAUGAAAUAUGGAUCGUCUAUGAAAGCUUUCAGAUUGAGAGUUGUGUGCUAUGGGGGAAAUGAAAUGAGAUUUUUCACUGGAAUGCACAUCAGUAGGACAAAAUUGUAUUCUGAUUCAGUGCAUCUUUUCUUGUGCAAUAAAUAUGUGUGUUUUUAGAUAGGGUUUUAUGUGGAUAUGUCAUUCACUCAUGACAUUGUUGUUCCCCCCGCAAGUGAGGUGUGGGAGUGGGAAUGUCAGCUGCCAGUCAAAGCAUCACUGGCACAUUUAUUUUUUAUGUUUCUCAAGCUCUCAUACAGUCUGUAAUUAUAGACAGAGGGGUCACACAGCCGCAAUCACUGCUCCACACAAUAGGGCAAGGUACAAAGACGUCACUUUCUUGUGGUUCUUUAAAGACAUCAAUGGUAAAGAUUUUUUUUUCAUUUUGCAUUUAGAGUGCCUUAUAUUUAUGCCUGUUUUUAUAAUGUUUCAUUUAACAUAUUAAUGUAUCCUUUGAGUAAUCUAGGCAUUUAGUAUAAAUGUAACUGUAUAGUUUAUUUACCAUCAGUAUUAAUUUGUCACAUGAUGAGAUUAUAUAUGCAAAUAAGAACAUUUCAAAGCUCAUAUUUUUCAUUUUCAGUGGCCUUAUUGUGGCUGAGUGAAUUAGAAUAACUGUUUAUAUAUCACUGACCUCUACAGAAAAUUGAAAGAAUACACAAUGGUCAUGAGACAUAUAGUUUAAAUUUUAAGACACAGAGAGAGGGAUGAGAUUGCAGAAUACUGGUCUCAGAGCUCAACAGGAUGAAGGCCCAAAAUAAUGGUAAUGAGCUUUUUGCAGAGUGUCACCAUGGUCACGUUUUAUGACAGCAAUUAAAAUCAAACUAAAAAUAGAUUUGGUCAAAAAGAAUGCCCAAUGCACAGGUCAUCACCGCAGGGUUUCUUCUUCAUGCCUUAGGUUUGAAUUCCGGACUUUGUAUGUGUCACUUCAGAGAGGAGAUACAGAAUCUGCAACUAAAUAUCUGUUCUGUUUUCCUGACAAUCCUAAACGGUGUGUCAUUUUCCUGUUUUACGACAUUAGAGUUAGAGACUGGGGUUAAGUUAUGGUUCUGCAUCAGUCUUCAUGUUGAGCAGUAUCUUUAACUUCUCCGUACCCUCUUUGAUGGCUUUGUGGAUGUGCAUUCCAGGUGCUUUCUUUCCCUUGUUAACUCAAGCAGCUAUGUGUUUUAUUUUUGUCAACUGCUUCACUGAUUACUUUUGUCAUAAUUUUGAGAUAUAAAAGUGCUUUUAUUUAACUUCAUUGUGGCUAAUGUUACAUUAUGUUCAAGUCUCUGAUGUUUAUUUUCUCAUCUCAGUUUUUCCUAUUUUAUAAAAUUGAUUUUUCACAUGCAGGGUGAUACAUUGCAGAAUGGCCGAAGCUGGCCUGGUAGGAAGAUUUGCACUUUCUCUAUCUUUGUACUAUGCACUGCCCUAUUGAUUCUAAACCCAAUAAUAUAUUACUUGAACCCAUCUAUAAAAAAAUCUCCUAAACGUUCACUUUGUGUGUAUGUAAAUAACACAAAAAAGGUAUCAACUCUUGAAAAAGACAAAAAAAAAAAAGUUUGUGGCGAAAAAGAGCAUCCAUUCUGAUGCCAUGGUUACUCCAGCAGAUGACUUCAGAAAAAUCUGUCCCCCAACCAUCUGUUCUUGUGGCUUUGCCAUUCAAGCUUGGAGUGUCAUUAACAGAAAUAAACGUUGUGUUCUCUGCUCUCUCUAUCUAUCUCUCGUCUGGAUGCAUAGACUGAAAAUUAAAUAAUGAAAUUGUAAAAAAAAAAUGGCUUGUUAAAAAGAUCAUACAAUUACCUCUGAUUAGUUGUAAGCGUAAACUGUUUCUUUUUCUGAAUGAAAGGAGUGCUUUUUAUUUUCUUACUUAGGUUAUAUUGGUGGCGAAAGAAGUCUGUAUGAAAAUCAGUUCUUUGCUGACACAAGUUCCAUUUGUUAUAAAUUAAUUCUAUUAAAAAAUGUCAGUGUUA